GGGCGCGCGCAUGAGUGCCGCCGCCGGUGCCCGCCUCCGGAGCGGGGACUCCGGGAGCCGGUCCCGUUGAGGGCUCGCACCCGCGGCAGCAUGGAAGAGACGCGUGGCACGGGGCUCUCCUUCACAGCAAUGGGCAUCGAGGAGAACUCGGUGCGGAACGGCAGGGGCCCCUCGGACCAGUGGGCCGACAGCGUGGCGGUGCGACCCCGCACCACGGAGCGCCACAUCACCGUGCACAAGCGCCUCGUGCUCGGCUUCGCCAUCUCCAUCCUCACGCUCAUCGUGGUCACCGUGGUGGCCGUGCUGCUCGGCCUUCGCUUCGACGAGUGCCCCGAGGAGGGCGCCGCCGCCGCGGCCGCCGCGCGCCCCUCCAACACCUCCUCCCGGUCGAACGCGGCGCGCGAGCCGCACGCCACCCACCGCGACGAGGACGCGCAGCCCUGGAGGCACGUGCGGCUCCCCGCCUCCCUGCGGCCGCGCCACUACGAGCUGCGGCUCUCCGUCUACAUGGACAACUUCACCUUCUCCGGCGAGGUCACCAUCGAGGUGGAGUGCGUGAGCGCCACGCGCUUCGUGGUGCUGCACGCAGACCGGCUCGAGGUGGAGCGCGCCGCCGUCUACUCCGACGGCAAGAAGCCGGGCGCGCUGCGCGUGAGCCGCCACUUCCGCUACCCGCCCACCCAGGUGUACGUGAUCGCGCUGCACCGGGAGCUGAAGCCGCUGAGGACCUACAAGGUGAACAUCACCUUCGUGGCGCAGAUCGAGAACGAGCUGCUCGGCUUCUUCCGCAGCGCCUAUGUGCUCAACGGAGAACGAAGGUACCUUGCGGUGACGCAGUUCUCCCCUACUCAUGCCAGGAAGGCCUUCCCGUGUUUUGACGAGCCCAUCUAUAAAGCGGCUUUCAAGAUUAGCUUGAAGCAUGAGAGCUCCUAUGUGUCCCUGUCCAACAUGCCGGUGGAAGCAUCCGUCAUGGAUGAAGACGGAUGGGUGACCAACCACUUCUCCAGGACCCCACGGAUGUCCACGUAUUACCUGGCUUGGGCCGUGUGCAACUUCACGUACAGGGAGGCCUUCACUGAGAGCGGUGUUGUGAUCCGCCUGUAUGCGCGACCCAAUGCCAUCGAGAGAGGCUCGGCCGACUACGCCCUACAGAUCACGAAGAGGCUCCUGCACUUUUAUGAAGACUACUUCAAAGUGAAAUACUCGCUGCCUAAGUUGGACCUGCUGGCUGUACCCAAGCACCCCUACGCUGCCAUGGAGAACUGGGGCCUCAGUGUGUUUGUGGAGCAGAAGAUCCUACUGGACCCCGAGGUGUCAUCGUUCUCCUACCUGAUGGAGCUCACCAUGGUGGUGGUCCAUGAGAUCUGCCAUCAGUGGUUUGGGGACCUGGUGACACCAGUCUGGUGGGAAGACGUCUGGUUGAAGGAAGGCUUUGCCCACUUCUUCGAAUACGUGGGAACUGACUUUCUCUUCCCAAAGUGGAACAUGGAGAAGCAGCGCUUUCUGACAGAUGUCCUGCACGAAGUGAUGCUUCUGGACGGCCUGGCCAGCUCCCACCCCAUCUCCCAGCAGGUGUAUCAGGCAACUGACAUUGACAGGGUGUUCGACUGGAUUGCAUACAAGAAGGGAGCUGCCUUAAUCCGGAUGCUGGCGAACGUAAUGGGCCAGCCGGUGUUCCAGAGGGGUUUAAAUGAUUACCUGAUGACACAUAUGUACGGCAAUGCUGCGAGAGAUGAUCUGUGGAACAAGUUUUCCGAGGCACUAAAAAGAGAAGGAAAGGACAUCAACAUUAAGGAGGUGAUGGACCACUGGACAUUGCAGAUGGGAUACCCAGUGGUCACCAUCACCAAGAAUGAAAGCCUGGACAACACUGUGACCAUCAGCCAGGAGCACUUUGUGUAUGAUGUUGAUGCCAAGAUCCGGAAUCCAGAGCUCUUCAACGUAAGCUUCCAGUGGCAAAUCCCGCUGACAUUUGCAAUGGGAAAUUCAAGUCACAUGUCUUCGGAAUCAGUCAUCUGGGUUUCCAGUAGAACAGAGUUGCACAAAAUCAGCCUGAUGGAUGAAGGCAUGUGGUUGCUUGGAAACAUCAAUCAAACAGGCUACUUCCGAGUCAACUAUGAUCUCGAGAACUGGAGGCUCCUCAUCAACCAGCUGAUGAAAAACCCUGCGAUAAUUUCUGUGGGCAACAGAGCAGGACUUAUUGAUGACGUCUUCAAUCUUGCAAGAGCAGGGUACCUGCCCCAGAACAUCCCGCUGGAGAUCAUCUGUUACCUGCCCCAGGAGAGGGAGUUCCUGCCCUGGCACGCUGCCAGCCGGGCCCUCUACCAGCUCGACAAACUGCUGGACCGUACAGAGGAGUACAGCCUCUUUAGUGACUAUGUGCUCAAACAAGUUGCUGCGAUGUACCACAGACUUGGGUGGCCAGUCAGUUCCUCCAAUGGCUCCAUCAUGCAGGCAGCGUACCAGACCGAAGAGCUUCAGCGAGAAGUGAUAAUGUUGGCCUGCAGUUUUGGGAACAAACACUGUCACCGGCAGGCCGUUGCCCUCAUCUCCGACUGGAUCUCGAGCAACAAGAACAGGAUUCCGCCAAACGUAAGGGACAUUGUCUACUGCACGGGGGUGUCCCUGAUGGAUGAGGAUGUGUGGGAGUUCAUCUGGAUGAAGUUCCACUCCACCUCGGCUGUCUCAGAGAAAAAGGUGCUUUUGGAAGCCCUCACAUGCAGCGAUGACACGUAUCUGCUGAACCGACUCCUGAAUCUCUCUUUGACAUCGGAUCUGGUUCCUGAUCAGGAUGUAAUAGAUGUCAUCAUACAUGUGGGUCGAAAUCCUCACGGAAGACAUCUUGCCUGGAGGUAUUUCAGGGAAAAGUGGGACAUUUUAAACUCCAGGUAUGGCGAGGCCUUAUUCAUGAAUUCCAAAUUAAUCAAUGGAGUGACAGAGUUUCUAAAUACUGAAUCAGAAUUGAACGAGCUGAAGGACUUCAUUCGAAGCAGCGGAGGAGGGGCAGGGCCCGCCUUUGCCCGUGCCAUUGAGAUUGUGGAGGCUAACGUGCAGUGGCACCGCCUCUAUGAACAGUCGUUCUACCAAUGGUUGAGGAAAUCCCCCAAUAGUUAA